AGUUGGCACAUACCGAGCUGAUCGUGCGGACGGCACACCAAACGUAGCGAUCACGAGGACAUCAAAUCGGGAUUAUGUGCAUAUGAGUGUGUGUGUGUAAAGGAAAGGACUCCGGUGUUGGACUAUUCUCCAAGGACGAUUUACGAGUGACUCACAGGGAAGUGUCGUGACUGCGCAAACAGUGAAUACAACCACGAGCAUUGGAAUUCGGUGAAGAACUAGUAGUUUCCUGAAUAUUGGUUUGGGAAUUGUUCAAUCAGGAGAUUCCCUGCUUCAUGACUCACGUGGAACAAAAAGACAUCUAAACCGGUCAUCGUCAUUACCUUCUCGGAAUUCGAAGCGCACAGAAAUGUUGGGCUUCCGAGCGAUCGGAUUCCUUCUGCUUCUCCAGACAACAUUGACGUUGGCGCAACUGUUUGGUGAUGGUGCUAAUGCGCUUGCACCGAUAGGCGGCAGCCGAAAUGUACUUCGCCAAGGAGGGUCACCGCAGCAUGAUCACACGCACAUCGAAACGAUCGAUGUCAAGUGUGACCAAAAGAGUGGUAUGAUCGUGACCGUCCAGUUCGAAGAUGAUUUCCGUGGGGUCAUCUACAGUCAGGGCUAUCAUAACGAUCCCAAGUGUCGCUACGUACAAGCGAACCAGGGUGGAAGGCAGUUUACCUUCACCGUACCAUAUAAUGGUUGCGGCAGCAAACCAUCCUGCGCCGUGUGCGCCUCAGUCGACAACAUUCUCGUCAUCCAAACGGAUGAGGACGUACAGGAAGCUUGGGAUACGGCACGCCGUAUUUCGUGCAGCCAGAGCGAGCAACAGCAGAAUACGAUCAUCUUCAAGCCGUUCGUCGUCGAUCAGCUAGAGGUGGUCAAUGUACCAACAUCGACCGGCGGUGUCGAGUGUUGGAUGGACAUACAGCGUGGAACCUACCCAAGCAUCUCUCCCAUUCCGAGCAUCAUCAAGAUUGGCGAGGCUCUUAGCGUGCUGGUGUAUCUUCGCGAUGCCAAAGGUGAAUACGAUGUGUCGGUAAAGGAUUGCUACGCCUUCGACAGUGCCGACUACGAUGCACCAACCACGGCCAGGCUGCAGCUAUCGGACAAAAAUGGUUGUUCGCGCAAAAAGAAACUGUUUGGUUUGUGGCAGAAGACGACACAAACGGGCAGUUCGGGGGCCACGCUUGUCGUGCACAAUAGCAUCAAAGCCUUCAAGUUCCCCGAUCGCAUGCAGGUGUUCUUAAAGUGUGACAUUGAGAUCUGUCGCGGUGGUUGUGGACCUCAGGUUUGUGCCGAAGAGAAUCUCAUCAGUGCAGUCCAAACCAGUACAAGCCGUCCUACAGGACCAACCCGCGGCAGACCGAUCCCAACCACUACUCAAACAUCAGUAGUUCCAUCGCGUGGCCGUCGUCCUCCGGUGACGCAACGUCCAACCCUAGCGCCUCAGCUCCCACAAUCAACGUCUCAGCCACCACGUCGAGGUACCCGGCCUCCACGUCCUAUCGAAACAACGCCUUCUUACACAACACCAGCCCCUGCACCUUCCCGACGCACUCGUCCUCCAAAUACUCGUCCACCAACCGUUGCAACCACGGAAUUCAUCUGUCAACCAGGCUCAACUGAUGAUCGGUGCAACGAUGUCAUCGUUACCCAGCGCCCUGAUUGCUCCCGCGGUUCACGCGAUCCUCGCUGUCGAUCUCGAGGCACACGACCAACUCCCGCUCCAGCGACUCCUUCCCCGCAACCACCUCUCCGAUGCUUCCCUGGAUCAACGGAUCCCCGCUGUCCUACUACCUUCCGUCCCAGUGUACGUCCAACAACACGUCCACCACCACCACCACGCACCACACAACGCACGACAACUACAACCGAAAAAGAAGAGGUGGAUGAUAGUGUUCCCAACUGUUUGCUGCGAUCUGAUGAUCCUCGCUGCUCAGAGAUCGCCAUAUUUUUGCCUGAAAUCCCACAAGCUCAGGUAACUACGCGAGCACCUAUUGUACCAACCGUACCUUCGGUGACAAGUACUACGGCAUUGAACUGUUUCCCUGGAUCCAACGACCCACGCUGCCGGACGCCAGUCCUACGUUGCCCACCCGGGACCACCGACCCGCGAUGCCCUGGAUUCGUGCGGCCUCAACCUUCAACAACUCCCGCUGUUCGUUGCUACCCUGGCUCCCCCGAUCCACGUUGCCCACAGCCAACCCCGGCACCAAAGGAGAUCGCAACGUAUCUACCUCCAGUGGAAAAACCCAACUGCUACCCUGGUUCUAGUGACCCUCGAUGCCCAACAACACCAAGGCCAACAACAACCACUCAGCCACCACUACAAUGCUUCUCAGGAUCGACGGAUCCUCGAUGCCCACAAACCACUCCUCGCCCAGUGCCAACCACUACUCAAGGACCGUCGUGCUAUCCAGGAUCAACUGAUCCUCGAUGCCCACAAACCACUCCUCGACCAGUGCCGACGACUACUCGAGGACCAUCGUGCUAUCCAGGAUCAACUGAUCCUCGAUGCCCACAAACUACUCCUCGCCCAGUGCCGACAACGCAGCCACCACUACGAUGCUUCCCAGGAUCGACUGAUCCUCGAUGCCCACAAACCACUCCUCGCCCGGUGCCGACCACUACUCGAGGACCAUCGUGCUAUCCAGGAUCGACUGAUCCUCGAUGCCCACAAACCACUCCUCGCCCGGUGCCGACCACUACUCGAGGACCAUCGUGCUAUCCAGGAUCAACUGAUCCUCGAUGCCCACAAACCACUCCCCGUCCUAUUGAAAAGUGCUAUCCAGGUUCGCUCGAUCCAACAUGUUCUGAUAAGCAGGACUCGGAAACGUAUCUACCACCAGUUGAACAGCCAAGACCAACAACCACUGCUCGUCCCGCAUGUUUCCCAGGAUCAACCGAUCCCCGCUGCCCACAAACCACUCCUCGACCAAUACCAACGACUACUCGAGGACCAUCGUGCUAUCCAGGAUCAACUGAUCCUCGAUGCCCACAAACCACACCUCGACCAGUGCCGACCACUACUCGAGGACCGUCGUGCUAUCCAGGAUCAACUGAUCCUCGAUGCCCACAGACCACUCCUCGCCCAGUGCCGACCACUACUCGAGGGCCGUCGUGCUAUCCAGGAUCAACUGAUCCUCGAUGCCCACAAACCACUCCUCGCCCUGUGCCGACCACUACUCGAGGACCGUCGUGCUAUCCAGGAUCAACUGAUCCUCGAUGCCCACAAACUACUCCUCGACCAGUGCCGACAACGCAGCCACCACUACGAUGCUUCCCAGGAUCGACUGAUCCUCGAUGCCCACAAACCACUCCUCGCCCGGUCCCGACCACUACUCGAGGACCAUCGUGCUAUCCAGGAUCAACUGAUCCUCGAUGCCCACAAACCACUCCUCGCCCUGUGCCGACCACUACUCGAGGACCGUCGUGCUAUCCAGGAUCAACUGAUCCUCGAUGCCCACAAACUACUCCUCGACCAGUGCCGACAACGCAGCCACCACUACAAUGCUUCCCAGGAUCGACUGAUCCUCGAUGCCCACAAACCACACCUCGACCAGUGCCGACGACUACUCGAGGACCAUCGUGCUAUCCAGGAUCGACUGAUCCUCGAUGCCCAAAAACCACACCUCGCCCGGUGCCGACCACUACUCGAGGACCAUCGUGCUAUCCAGGAUCGACUGAUCCUCGAUGCCCACAAACCACUCCCCGCCCAGUGCCGACAACGCAGCCACCACUACGAUGUUUCCCAGGAUCGACUGAUCCUCGAUGCCCACAAACCACACCUCGACCAGUGCCGACCACUACUCGAGGACCAUCGUGCUAUCCAGGAUCGACUGAUCCUCGAUGCCCACAAACCACUCCUCGCCCGGUGCCGACCACUACUCGAGGACCGUCGUGCUAUCCAGGAUCGACUGAUCCUCGAUGCCCACAAACCACUCCGAGACCAGUACCAACAACUACACCACCACUUCGAUGCUAUCCAGGGUCUACAGAUCUACGAUGCCCAACUACACCUCGGCCUCAGACAACGACACGCAAGCCUUGCUACCCGGGAUCGCCUGAUCCGGCUUGCCCACGCCCGUUCGAUUCCACGACGCCAUCCUCCUGCUACCCAGGAUCGCCGGAUCCCAACUGCCCGCAGCCUUAUAGACCAACUAGUACUAAUCCUCCUGCUACUUAUCUUCCACCGUUUCCGGUCGAAUCGAACGCAAGACUCGCUCGGCACCUCAGCCCUGAAACGUUUAGUGACAUUAACGCGUUAGCUGAUGUCAGCGACCAUUCUGGUACGGUAUCCGGUGAUGCUGGCAACACGAAUCCUGCCGUCGUUGACUCGCCGGCACAAAUCAGUACCAUCGAAUCGCGGGUGAAACGAGAUAUCAACCUAGUGAACGAGUUAGACAGUGAAUCGACUAGAGAAAUCAUCUCCAUCACGCUCAACAUCAAGGGCUAUCAAUUUGAACCCGAAUCGUGA